AUGGGAGAAGAAGUGAGCGGCAAGCUUUCAAGCCGCGUGCUGAACAUGAAGUUCAUGCGACAAGCGGACAAUGCGGCAGAGGCGCUUAAGGUAGAAGAAGAAAAACGGCAGUUGGUGGACUCUAGCGAGUGGAAAAUCCCAGGUAAUGAGUCAAUAAAAGCACGCCUGCAACCAAGCUGGACGAGUGUGGGGGCCACCGAGCUUUUAGAGCAAUCACAGCCGGUUGCUGCUCUUGGCAGACGAAAAAUGGGAGCACCUGAGAAGAGGGAGGAAGAGAAGGACAAAGAAGAGUUAGAAGCUCUCGAAACGCUGUGGCAAAAUCAAAAACGUCAACGAGAGCCUGAGGGUCUAGAUAACUCUGAAGACAACAGUGUGUCAAAAGCCGACGAAUCUGGAACGAUCAGCAAGGGAAAGGGAAAUGGACAGGGAAAAGGAGCUUCCCAUGCUCGCAGAAAGCGCGCGAAAUCAGAAAAGGAGGCUCUUUGA